CAUGGACAUUAAUCCCCUGCUGCUGCUGAUGCUGCUGUGGAGCUCAGGACUCCAGGCUGAAGUAAAACACGAUUCAACAGAGUUUAUGAGGUUGGUGGGAGGAGCCAGUCGCUGUGCAGGCACACUGGAGCUGAAGCAUCUGGGAGAAUGGAGACGAGCUACUAGUGGAAAUGUAGUGGACUACUUUGAAAUGGAGGCAGCAGCUGCUUUCUGUCGAGAUCUGAACUGUGGCUCUGCUGUUUCUUUACGAAAGAGACAGGUGUCAUACCAAUCUUUGUGGCUACUCAUAGCUGAAUGUCGACCUGAUUAUGAUUUGCCAAGAUGUGUAAUGUCGUGGAACGCUUCUUCGGUUCUGGAGCUCACCUGUUCAGGUAAGCCAGACUGGUGAUAUUAGAUGAUGUCACCAGUCUGUGACAUCAUCUAAUGAUUGAUAGAGGUUGGUGAAGCAGACA